UCUUCGCGCGUCGCGUGGGAUUAUGAGCGUUAUGAGCGCUGUGUUGGAGCGUGGUGCACUGGGACGGCCAGAAUUGGGGGUUGUCAAUAUGGAUCAAAUGUUGAAGCUGUCAUAUGAUAUCCAUGACUACUCAAGUUUCUCAGGAGGAUAUGUUCCAAAAAACAUUGCAGAAGAUAAGCCAAGUGAUCAAGCAUCAAGAUGGUCAUCAGAAAACAACAAUCCCCCACAGUACAUAAUUUUGAAGCUGAAACAACCUGCAAUUUUAAGGACAAUCACAUUUGGAAAAUAUGAGAAGACCCAUGUUUGUAACCUGAAGAAGUUCAAAGUGUUGGGAGGCCUCUGUGAGGACAACAUGAUUGAGCUUCUUGACAGCGGUCUCAAGAAUGAUAACCAGCCAGAGACGUUUUACCUGAAGUACAAGCUGGAGAACAACCCUUUCCCAUGCCAGUAUGUGAAGGUGGUGCCCCUGCACUCAUGGGGGCCCAGCUUCAACUACAGCAUCUGGUAUGUGGAGCUGUGGGGUGUGGACGACCCAGCCACCGUGCUGCCCCACAUGGACUGGUUCACGGCGUACCGCGAGAAAGAGGCCAUCCGGCUGUGCCUGAAGCACUUCCGGCAACAGAACUACCAGGAGGCGUUCAGCUCGCUGCAGAAGCGGACGCGCGUGCAGCUGGAGGACCCGCUGCUCACCCAGCUGCACGCGGCGCUGGUGGAGCGGGGCGACUUCGGCGCCACGGAGGAGGCCGUGCAGCAGGCGCACGACCGCGGCCUCUUCCGCGAGUACAUCGGCCAGCACGAAUACCGGCCGGAGUGGCUGCCGAUCGUGCCGGCGCCCGGCACCGACCGGCCCGGCAUGCGUGGCGGCCAUCAGAUGUGCUUUGACCCGGCGCACGAGGUGAUGUACCUGCUGGGCGGCUGGGACGGCACGCAGGACCUGGCCGACUUCUGGGCGUUCGAGAUCAAACAGGGCCGCUGGACGCGCCUCUCCGCCGACACGGCAGCUGAGGGUGGUCCGAGCGCCCGCAGUUGCCACAAGAUGUGUCUGGACAUGGAGAGGCAGCAGAUCUUCACUCUGGGCAGAUACGUCGACUCUUCGCAGCGAAUACCGGAAAAUCUCAGGAGUGACUUCUACAUGUACGACAUCCCCUGUCGCAAGUGGACGCUCAUCACGGACGACACGGCCAGCGUUGGCGGACCCAACCUGAUCUUCGAUCACCAGAUGUGCCUGGACCCAGUCACGCGCACCAUCUACGUGUUCGGUGGCAAGGAGCUGACCUGCACCGCCUCUGUGGCCAGGAGCUCGCUCGACGACCGCACCGGCACACUCAGCUCCGUCGAGCCCGUGUUCUCCGGCCUCUACGCCUUCCACGUGGCCACCAGCACGUGGGGUCUGCUGCGCUCGGACGGCCACCACGCGGGCCCGGGCCAGAUCCGGUCUCGCGUCUCACACUGCAUGCUUCUCGAUCACAAGAGCCGGCUGCUGUACGUGCUGGCCGGCCAGCGCAACAAGGAGUACCUGAACGACUUCUUCACGUACUGCCUGGACACGGACGAGCUGGUGGUGAUCUCGGACGGCACCCGCGGCGACGGCGCCUCCGACGUGCCGGCCGCCGGCACCACGCAGCGCGCCACCAUCGACGUCGACCAGGCCGAGAUACACGUGCUGUCGGGUCUCAGCAAGGACAAAGAGAAAAAGGAGGAUAACUUGAAGAAUUCCUUCUGGGUGUACGACAUCAAGCAAAACAAAUGGUCGUGCAUCUACCGAAACCGGCUGGAGCCGGGCCCCAGCGACGACGCGCGGCCGCUGGUGGAGCCGUGUCCGCGGUUCGCGCACCAGCUGGUGUUCGACCACAUUCGGAAGGUGUUCUACUUGUUCGGCGGCAACCCAGGCCGCAAGUGCAAUCCCAAGAUGCGACUGGACGACUUCUGGCGGCUGAAGCUGACGCGACCCACCUGCACCGAGAUCCUGCGACAGUGCAAGCUGCUGCUCCGACGGCAGAGGUUCGAGGAGUUGGUGACGGAGGACGUGAUGGCGGCGCUGCAGUACCUGCAGACCGAGCUGGCCAGCACGGUGGACCACGCCGACGCCGAGCAGGAGCGGCAGUUCCAGCUGCUGGCCAGCCGGCUGUUCGCGGUGCCGCCGGCCGACCCGGCCGACACGGAGCCGCGGCGGCGCGCCCGCUCCCAGCUGUUCGACCAGCUCACCGUGUUCUUCCCGGCCGACAUGGCGCAGCCGCGCACCAACCUCACCGACCUCAUCGUGCUGGACAAGUGAGGUGCGCAGCCGCCGCCUCGCCUGCCGCGCCGGGUCGGCUCCCGACAUCGAACAGGCCGUCAUGGGGACCGGCGCACGCCGGCUCCGUUGUUGGCCGGCCGCGACAGUGGGCGCAGCCGACGCGCCUCCGCAGUGAAGGUCGCGACGGGAGUGAGCGGAGCGUCACCGAACGAUUUCAACGAACGGCUCGGCUCUGAGAGCGCCGCCGGGAAAUGUAAACCAAGCGUGACUGAAGGUUGAUCAGUGAGAGAGCUACCGGAGCGCAGCCGGAAGACGGACAGCGUCGUAGCAGAGAGAACGAACUCGAUAAAGAGCUAGCUUUAACAUGGUUUUCACAGCAGUCGUGAGCGGUUUAAGAGGCUGACUCUGGCCACUGCGCCAACGUUUGGUGUGGCACGCCUGAGUGGAACGUUCGUCUCGCCAUGUGCCGCGGGCACGACUCGCGCGUGGUGGGGAGCUCAGCUGAAAUCAUCCUGCAAGUACUCACCGGCUGCCACCUGCACGUCGGGCCUGGGAGCGUCGCCUUUUGCUGGUCACACUCCAGGAAGUGUUAAUCUGCAGGAACUCGCGCGUAGUUGUCUGCUCACCAGCGAUGCAUAUGCGGCGUCGCGGCGCGUGCAGCCGCCCCGUAGAGGCGUCACAGUGUGCGCGUGUCUAGUCAGCAGGCGGUGCUGGGUGACGCGAUCAGUCAGACAGUCGGACGCUGGAUAGCCAGGUGUUCGGUGCCCCGUGUGAGAAUGGAAUGUUUCAUACAGUAUGCUGCAGCGAG